AUGAGGUAUUCUACGGCACUUGUUGGCCUUAUGGCCAUAGUUUACGCAAAGGAGAUGCCCAAGGACCCGGUUCGCGCUGCCGAACUCUAUGACUCUGGCGUGAUCCACCAAAGGAUCAUGGAUGCUAAAGCGGUGCAGCUGCAGCAGGAGCAGGAGAUGGGUGUAUUAAACUCGGCCGAAGGUCCAUACUACCAAGAGCUACACUUUGCCCAGUGCAAGGAUGGCAAGGUAAAUUUGCAUCACUUCCUCUCGCAUACCGAUCUCGGAAGCUCUGUCGGUCUCGGAUCCAGCUCCUGGGGGUGGGUAAGCGAUGAUGGGCGUGAGUUCGCCGUCAUAGCGCAAGGAGAUGGUGCAGCUUUCGCGGAGAUCACCAACGCCGGGAAGCUCCGGUAUCUUGGACGUCUACCCCAAACGCUGGGUGUUGCGCCAAGCCGAUGGAGAGAAAUCCGGACUUUCAAACACUACAUCAUUGUAGGAAGCGAAGAGCCGGGCCACGGUAUCCAAAUCUUUGAUCUGAAAAAGCUUUUGGAUAUCGACUACCGCAACGGACCCGUUACUUUCGACCCCGCCACAGACCUCACGGCUCACUGGAACAAGCUGCCGCUCGGUCGUUCUCACAACGUCCUCGCUAACGAUGAAACGGACUUUGCCUACGUCGUUGGCGCUCAACCCCGCAAUGAUACUUGCAGAAGCGGUCUCAUCUUCCUGGACCUAAGUGAUCCUUCAAACCCUAAGAACCCUGGGUGUGCUUCGCAAGACGGAUACGUCCACGAUGCUCAGUGCCUCAUUUACCGAGGUCCAGAUACAGAGUAUCUCGACCGUGAGAUCUGCUACGGCUACAACGAGGACUCGCUGACCAUUUACGAUGUGACCGACAAGAAGUGGCCCGAGCUGAUCUCCGUCACUUCGUACGAAGGCGCCACUUAUACGCACCAAGGCUGGGUCCUAGAUCCCAGCAACCAGGAGUUCCUCAUAAUGGACGACGAGCUCGACGAGCGCGAAGGCCGAGGACCGGCCGCCAACGGACGCCCCGUCACCUUCAUCUGGGAUAUCCGAAACCUAGAGCACCCAAAGCAAACAGGCUACUAUCAAGGGCCCCGCGUUACUAUCGACCACAACCAGUACAUCAUUGGCAACUACUCAUACCAAAGCAACUAUGGCGCUGGUAUUAGCGUGCUUGACAUCUCCUCCAUCCCGUCUGAUCCGACGGGUCGAGGCGUGCACGAAGUCGCGUGGUUUGAUGUGUAUCCUGAAGACGAUAAUCAGAGAGGUGGAGGGACAUUGGAGUAUGUGGGGACUUGGAGUUCCUAUGCGAAUUAUCCAAGUGGCUAUAUUCUAAUCAAUACCAUCGAGCGCGGUGCUUGGGUAGUGAAGAUCCAG